GCCAUUUUGUGGUGUCGUGUUGAGUUGAACGUUCUUUACCAAAUUUCGUCUAUUUUACAUGGGAGUAUUACUUCUUGUUGUGAUUUGAAAAGUAAUCAAAACAAUAUUGUAUCGGCAAAUUAUUAACAGAAAUGGAACAGGGUGUUGAUAAUAACUACACGACGGUGUGCUGCACUUGUCUAAGCAGCGGUCGCAAUCUAUUUUCAUUAACUAAUUCGACUCAUGUUCUUCAAAUAUUUCGUUUGCUUAUGCACGACUACACCGGAGACAGGUUAGGCGAGACGAUUCCGGAACUGGAGCAGCUGGUGUGCUGGGAGUGCCUUGCGGUGAUGAAGAGGUUCGUCAAGUUCAAAUGGCAGGUGCACAACGCGCAGGAACAUCUGAGGGUGCUGGCGCUGAGCAGGACGCAAGAGAUGGUGGACCACUCAUACAUGUCGCAAUCCCUCUCCACUCUAGAAGUGGACACCAAAAACGACUACGACAAGAUAUUCUUCGACUUCUCAUUCGGUGGCGAUGACUGUCAACAGUACAUUGCAAUUACUACGUCUGAAAACGUUAAGAACGAACAAUAUGACGUCAUUCAGGCCGUGAGGGAUAAUAUUAACUUGGAUAUUGACGGACACAUACUUGAAGUACCGGAAAUAGUUCUGGAGAAUCCAGUGACUGGCAUGAUGUCGCACAUAGUGGUCGGGACGGAUACGUUAGUGUCCAACACGGAUACAUACGGGACCACUAUUAAAGGGGAACCACCACAUCUCACUAUCGGACCAAUACCAGAAAAAAACGAGAAAGUUGUGAUAUCAAAACCUAUAUGUAAACAAGAAAAGGUGGAGGUAAAAACGCCCGGCUACAUGAUGGAAUACAUGAACGAGACUGACAUGAUGGCUUGUAGAGAGGAAUUAAGAAACAAGGUGCAAUAUGCUGGCUCGGUUUACAAAUGCGAGCUGUGUAUCAUCGGGUUUUAUACUCAACAACAAGUUGAGGACCACUUCCUGUCUGCUCAUAGAGCGAAACCAGGGCAUACGGCAUGCAAAAUAUGCUACGUGUAUGUGGAGGAACCUAAAAUGAGAGCCCAUAUAGACAUGCACCAUUAUAGGUACGUGUGCAAACUAUGCGGUUAUGUGGAGUACAUAGUGAAGUUGAUGCAAAUGCAUGUGAGGUCGCAUCUCAGCAAGCAGGUGCCGAGUAACGUGAUCAAGAUAGGAGAUGUUGGGACCACCACGAGUGGUAAGACUAGAAAGAAAAAAGACAAGGAGAAAGACAGGGAAGUAAAGAGCACUCCAAAACCGGGCGACUUGAGGAAACUGCUCUCAAAAACAACCAUAGAAGGAUAUCAGUGUUUGGAAUGUGAUAUGUUUUUCAAGAAUUCCCGAGCCAGGAAAAAUCACGUGGCGCGAUGUCACAGAGAGGGCCUGCAGUGUGACCAUUGUAAAAAACGAUUCGUGAACAGAACAACGCUGGUAACUCAUCUCAGGCUCCACGAAGGCCCUCUCCCGCGCGAGGAGUGUCCCAUCUGUCACAAGAUGGUGCGCGUCAUUCAGUUAAAGUACCACAUACGGCGUCAUCAGAACAGAAGUCGAUAUGAAUGUACAGAUUGCAGCAAAGUGUUCUCGCACUUGGCGACUUACCAGGCGCAUCUCAAGUACUCCAGGGCGCAUGCGUCGGAUCAAGUUUUCAAAUUUCCAUGUCCAAUGUGCAAUAAAGGCUAUCCGACCAAGCAGGCUAUGCAGGACCACUUCAAUUACCAACAUCUAGGAAAGACUUCGCACAAAUGUCCAAUAUGUGAAAAGCCUAUAGCCUCCAGAUCUAAUGUAGAUAAACACAUAAUGAGAGUACACGGCGAGAAGAAGGAGAAACCUCGGAAUCAUGUGUGUCAGAUGUGCGGCAAAGGAUUCACUGACAAGAAAGCCCUCACCCAACACGAAGUGAUUCACUCGAGGGAUCGUCCACUCUCCUGCGACAUUUGUCAGCAAACGUUCAAGCAAAAAGCGUCCUUAUACACGCACAGGAAACGCGUGCACAAAGUGUUUCCUACGAAGCGAGUGGUGCAAUACAUGGACAGUGGAACUGAGACGCAGUAGGUGGAUUAGGUUUAGGUACGGUCAGCAAAAAAAGAUGUUAACAAAUUAAUAACUUUAAAUCACUUUGAUAAUUUUAUGUUACUACAAUUGACUAUAAAAAUUACGAUUAAACUAAAAUUAUAGAUUUUUUUAUGCUUUGGCGAGACGAACUUGGAGUUCGUCUGAUGGUAAGCGAUACGACCGAUAAACAAAAGAAACACCAACACCUUGAAUUCCAAGUAUUGUUUGGUAUUCCACUGCGCUCGCCAUCCUGAGACAUCUCAUGUCUCAUUUUGUCCAGUAGUUACACUGGCUACAAUGUUCUUCAAACUGGUAUACAACAGCUUUGAAGUUUUGAAUUUGUUCAGUAAUUUAUGCGGUUGACUGUACAAGAUGGAGGCAAUAGGCUAAUAUCUCUGUUAAUAUUUUUUCUUUAUUAUAACAUAACAGUUAGGAAGUUUUAUUAAAAUAAUAAUUGUUAUUUUUUUGUAUUAUUAACAACUAACUUUUGCUCGCGGCUUCGUCCGCGUGAAUAAGUUUUCCGGGAUAAAAGUCCCGCUAUAUAUUUUCCUGGGAUAAAAAGUAAAGCCCAUAACCGUCCCAGGGUCUUAAACUAUCUCCAUACCAAAUUUCAUAAAAAUCCGUUCAGUGGAUUUUGAGAAAAUCGACAUACAGACAGAUAAGGGGUCUUUAUUUUACAAUAUGUAUAGAUGUAUGCAUAAACUUGUUGACGGACUAUAAAAGAAUGGUAUUAAAAAAUUAUCCCAGUCGGUAUCUAAAGAUCGAUCCAAAAAAAAAACAAUCAACAUAAGUAGUCUUGCGAUCAAACUCUAUUCUGAUUAGUUUAUUUUCUAUCUGACUUCGAUCAAGUUUGUUUUUCGGUAAACUGACUUUAAAAAUCGAUUAUCGUAUCGAUUACAAUCUUUUAAUCGAUAGUGGACUUUGAAAAUCUGAUAUAGCCAAUAGUAUUAUAACAUAAACUUCGCUUCAGUUGGCUGUCAGAUAAAAAAAACGAUUUUAGUAUCAUUUCGAUUUAAAAAAUCGAUUAUCAUAUCCAUUACAAUCUUUGAAUCGAUAGUGGGCCUUGAAAAUCGGACAUAGUCAAUAGUAUAACUUGAACUUCACUUCAGUUGACUGUCAGAUAAAAAAAAAUCGAUUUUAAGAUCGACAACGAAAAUGGAUCAAAAUAAACUUAACGUUUGAGUAAUUUUGAUUGGUUAAUUUUGACUAUUGAUUAGUUGGCUGAGGUUUUAGAAAUGGGUACUAGGGCUGUCAAUUGAAAUUAUCGAUAGAUACUUGUACGCAUUAUAUGCUGACAGUAUUGUUUGUGAUUACAGAAACUUGUAAUAAAAUAGUGUAAUAAAGUAUUUACUGUAAAUAAAUGAAAAUGAAGAUAUUAGUGCAUUAGCCAUGUAUACAUAAAAGUAAUUUAAAAAAAAUGUUAUCAAGUGUUUUUUGGUCUAAAUAAAAUGUCGCUGACUCACUAUGACAAGAUUCUAUGUUACAUUUUUUGGCACAAAUUGAAUUAUAUAUCGCAUUUUUUUAAUGGGAUGCUGGAAUCCCCCGGCUUAGUGACUUCUGGGCCUGGAGGAAAGGAGGGGAUAGCUGGGAAGGAAGUAGCUACCCCCUCCCUAUUACCCUCGGAACUGCUGUGGUUGCUAAGCCGGGGGAUCGCCUGUACACCAUUCGCAAGGUACCCCCGGUGAAAACCAACGGUGGCUCUCCCAAAUAUAUAUAUAUAAGUAUAUAGCAGCCCUAAAUAUUGAAUUUUUCGAGGCGGAGCAAAAUCUGGAAAAUACCACCCCUAUAUUUUUACCUUUGUCAUCAUUGUUUCGCACCCCGCGGGAAAUAUUUUGUGUUUAAUGUUCUGAACGUCUUAGUUGCAAAGUUGCAUUAAUGUUGAGUUGUGUAAUACCAAGUUUGCAUUUGCCGACCUCUAAAUUCGCCGCCCGGUAUGGGUCCAAAUCCCUCCAGAUUUUUUUUAGCACCCACGGUUUGAGUAAAUUAUUAUAGUCCGUUCAGAAAGAAAACCGUCGUGGCAUUUGAAUCGCUACUAUGCUUAAUUACUUUUAUUAUUUAGUUUCGAUAUGUUUCUAUACAAAAAUCCCUUAAAAUAACACGCAAGAUCAUUUAUAACAAGCAAUACAUGAGAAAUAUGUUUAACAUUUACCAAAUGGUGGGGAAGGGUUGCUAUAUAAAAAUCGUAAAGUUAGUUCACUUUUCGGCCAUGACGGUUCUCUUUCUGAACAAACUAUGUAGAGUUAUUUUCAAUGUAAUGUAGUUACAUUUAGUAACGUAAUGUCAAAAUUAACCUUUAUAAGCAGAGUUUAAAGCAAUGUGAUGCCUUUAUAGACACACGUCUUCAUGUUUAGUAUUAUGGAAUAUACAUGUUUCAAAUUUUGAUUUUUUAUGUUUACGCGAAUGUUAAACAUUGAAAUAAAACUAUUUUGCGGUUUUUAUAUUAUAAUUUUCUCCACACUUUUCGAAGACAGCAACUGAAGUCUGGCAAGCUUCAAGACACUGAGCUCAUUCUGCGUAGAUCGGACCGCCAACAGCUAAAAAAUUUAAAAAUUGCAUAAUUGUGAAAGUUAGGUAGAUAUUGUAACUUUAACUUUGAUGACGAACAGCUCAGUCCGCUCCGUGACCACGAAAGCUGCAGUCUUCGAAACGUCGGGAAAAAAA